AUGUUCAGCACGGGUUCCAAGCUCGUCGCGGCUUUGGCCCGCGGCAUGGCCACCUCUGCCAGGGGCAAGGAGCGCAAGGUCGCAGUGCUGGGCGCGGCAGGCGGCAUCGGCCAGCCUCUGUCGCUCCUCAUGAAGAUGAACCCGGCUGUCUCGCAGCUGUCUCUCUACGAUGUGGCCAACGUCAAGGGCGUGGCUGCUGACAUCAGCCACGUGAACACCAAGGCGGUGACCGCGGGCUACGAGGGCCCCGACGCGCUCGCGGACGCCCUCAAGGGCUGCGACCUGGUCAUCAUCCCGGCCGGCGUGCCCCGCAAGCCCGGCAUGACCCGCGACGACCUGUUCAAGGCGAGCCGGGCGAUCAAUGCGGGGAUUGUGAAGGGCCUGGUGGAGGCCUGCGGCAAGUAUUGCCCGGGGGCUAUCCUGAACAUCAUCAGCAACCCUGUCAACAGCACCGUGCCCAUCGCGGCUGAGACUCUGAAGAAGCUGGGCGUGUACGACGCCCGCAAGGUCCUGGGCGUGACCACCCUGGACGUGGUGCGCGCCAAGACGUUCUACGCCGACAAGCUGGGCGUGGACGUGGCCAGCGUCGAUAUCCCCGUGGUGGGCGGCCAUGCCGGCAUCACCAUCCUGCCGCUGUUCAGCCAGGCCACCCCCGGCCACAGCCUGAAGGCCGAGGACAUCAACGCGCUCACCAAGAGGACGCAGGACGGCGGCACGGAGGUCGUUCUGGCCAAGGCCGGCAAGGGCUCUGCCACCCUGUCGAUGGCAUAUGCGGCGGCCCUCUUCGCGGACGCGUGCCUCCGCGGCCUCAACGGCCAGGUGGCCACCGAGUGCGCCUAUGUCGAGAGCAGCGUGGAGCCCGACGUGCCGUUCUUCGCGUCCCGGGUCAAGCUCUCCACUGAGGGCGUUGAGACCAUCCACCCUGUGGGCAGCCUGAGCAAGUACGAGAAGGACGGCCUGGACGCCCUCAAGCCCGAGCUCAUCGCCUCCAUUGAGAAGGGUGUGCAGUUUGUCCAGUCCGCCUGA